GAACAGCGGCGGGAGGGGAGCACAGCACACAAGUUCUGGAGGUGGUUUAUGCCAGAAGCGGUCUGCUGUCCGACUUACAUCGACAUUAACUCGUCUGCCCUGCUCGCGGAGCUUAGCAUAACGUUCACAGUGCGUAAUUACGCACGGCGAGGACGACGCGGUGUACUAAUCGUGGAAACCCGCGAACAAAGGACGGGCAGGCUGGCUGGAGUACAGCAACUGAGUGGAAAGGAGUACCGUUGAAGGGGAAACGGGGGAAUCUGGAGUCGGAAGUGAUUUGUCUCUUUUCUUCCUUAGAAAUGUAAGGCAACACCGAGAUAUCAGAAGGAAAUAAGCGUUUUAAAUAAAUCAGAGAGGGAGAGAAAGGACAGAAAGAGUUCGUGAGUGGAAAUUGUCCCAAAAUCAGCAUCCAGAUCCUCGGAGCAUGGGAGGAGUUGUCUGCGAGCUGUAAAAUGUACCCGUUACACCGUGAGAGGGAGCAGCCCAUCUACAGCGCCAGAGCUCAUGUCUUCCAGAUCGACCCGGCCACCAAACGCAACUGGCUGCCUGCCAGCAAGCAUGCCGUCACCGUGUCCUUCUUUUAUGAUGCCAACCGCAGCGUGUACCGCAUCAUCAGUGUGGGCGGGACUAAGGCCAUCAUCAACAGCACCAUCACCCCAAACAUGACUUUCACUAAAACCUCUCAGAAGUUCGGUCAAUGGGCAGACAGCCGUGCCAACACGGUCUAUGGCCUGGGAUUCUCCACCGAGCAGCAACUGCAGCAGUUUGCAGAACAGUUUAAAGAAGUGAAGGAGGCAGCUCGUCUGGCUAGAGAGAAAUCCCAGGAGAGGUUUGAACUGGCCAACCCUGGACUCAGCAUUGCUGCUCCGCAGCUCUCUCAGGAGCUUUCGGAGGAGCGUCAUUCUCCACCGCUGCUGACAGUCAAUGGGCCUGGGGAGGAAAAGCUGUUUCGCAGUAAGAGCACUGAAGUGGCGCUGACAGCUGAGAAGGAAAGGGUCAAGAAGAUGCUGUCUGAAGGGUCCAUGUGUGACAUAAACUUGGAAGCUGAACUGUUUACUCUGCAGGACAGCAAUGCCAAGUUGGUAGCAGCACUGCAGGAAGCCAACAGCAGCGUGGAGCAGUGGAAGAAACAGCUGGCUGAAUACCAGGAGGAGACCGAUCGCCUCCGAGAGCAGGUGGCAGAGCUGGAGACCCAGCUGGGACCUCCUGCUGCUGGUCAGCCUGGUAAAGAGGAGCUGAGCCGGUCACUAGAGGAGCUGGAAGCCUUGCUGAGUGCCAAAGACCAGGAAAUUCAAAGCCUACAAAGCAAGAAAACAGAUGUGGGUGAGCUGGAGAAGGAAAAAGAGGAGGCUAUCCAGAGACUCAAGGAACUGGAGAGACGAAACGCUGAGCUGGAGAAUCGUGUUCAGACUACAGAAAAGACAUUAGCUUCCAAUCAGGAGGAGCAGGAGCAGGCGGAGGUUGAAGUCCGACGAAUCAUCGACGUUCUGGACAUCAAAAUUUGUGACCUAAAAGGCCUGAGACAGAGCCUGGCAAAACUGGUCGAUAAGUAGCCACAGCUUGAGCUGGGGUGCAUCUCUACAGUUGGCAUCUCGUUUCCUCCAUGCGACUGAUUAGUGUUUAACUGGUGCAACAGCAGAGCCAAGAUCAAAGCAAUAUGGUGGAAGUCACAUUGGAGUUUACCUUCAUUUGUUUUGUGUUUUUUUAAGAUCAGUGCAGGUAAACACCAGCUUUCGGGAAGCUCUUACAGGUGCUAUGUGCAGAAUAAAUCACCUGCAGUGUUGUUUGUCAUUGAUUCAAAAUGAUUUCUUUUAUCAUAAUCACUGGCGGACCAUCACAAAGAGUUAGAUUUAUUUGCUCUGGAAGAACAGUCGCUUUAGCUUUAUGACACUAGCAGUUUAGAGUAGUUAGUAAAAAUCUGUCCAGAGGCCUCACUUAUAGAGAGGUUCUUAGAAAUAUACUUGAACUUAAUCUUGUUAUAAAUUCUGGUGUUUAUCACUUUUUUGUACUUGUCCGUUUUAUAAAAGUUGCUAAUCUGCUAUAAAAAAAAAUCACUUGUAAGUUACUAACCUGUGGUUUGUAAAUCUCAACUAUUUCAACUUGUAAAUAGAUAGCACCUGCCGUUAAAUUUCAUCUCAUAUGAAGCUAACUUAAAUUAGGGUUUGGUCAUGAACAGCUACAGAUCUUGCUUACAGGAAAGAUAAAAGACAAGGCUUCAUAAAUAACUAUCUAGAUGUGAGUUUAUGCUUAAGUCUUACUUAAGAUAAAAAAAAAAUAAUAAUCAAAGAUCAGUUUUAUAAAUGAAGCCUCUGGUGGUUUUCAGGGAACAGAAGCUUCCAGCUUUUCAGUUUGAUAUGAGCACAGUCAUCAUAUACAUGUCCCGAAAGAAAUAAGGUGAUGCUAUAUUAAAAGCAUAUUUUUCCAGACAUCUUCGCAAGAAAAUCUUUAGACUUCAAAAGAAAGUUGCUAUGCUGCACAGGUACAAACUUAAAACAGGUAUUUAAUGACUUCUAGCAAUUGUUUUAAUUUUUUCUCUCCAGAGUAAGAAAUCUUCGUGUAUUAAUUUAAUCUCCUUCUUAAUUAAGAGGCCAGAGUAGCAGCUUAACUAUGAAAUAAUCAAAUGAGAGAGAGGGGGGUGGGUAGUGAGGCGAGAGGAACUCUGUUUUCCUGCAAAACUGGAAGUGUCAGCUAUGCAGACAUGUCUGAACACAGACAGUGAAAUCCUAGUUCUGUAGUUGAUACAGUUGUCCUAUUUAAAUUCAAAUGUAAGCCAAAACCCCUUAUAGAAAUUAUGAAUAGAUCUUUAUUUUCCUGUUAUUAUUGCUCAUUGCUUGCAAGAUUUUAAAAACCAACAUAUAAAAUGUCUGGUUUAACAAUAACAAGCCUCCUGUGACACUGUGGAGAUGCACCCAGCAAGAGUGUGAUCAGGGUUUGGACAUAAAAACACUCCAGGCUCCAGUUUGCCACCAUCAGCAGGGACUGAAAUCAGACCUGCCAGAACAUCAGCAAACUCAGAGAUGCAACAACCUGCUCAUGCUUCGUCUUCUGAGGAUCGCCAGCAUAAAACUGUUUCUCUUCAUGUUUUAUAAGGAUUGCUUCUUCUAUUAUUCACAUUCAUCGAUGGGUUGCUCAGAAACAGGAUGGGAAGUCAUGGGGAAAAGAGAAGCUGUUUUACUUCCCUGGUCUCGAGUUAAACCUGUGAUUGCACUUGAUCAUGUUUGUGCCAAAUUUAAUUUUGUUUACAUUUGUCACUGUUCACAAGAAUAUCCUGUUUGACUUCAUGUACUUUUCCUCUGUUGCGCAACACUAAAAUGAUAAUAGUCCUAGAAAGCAGCUCGGUAAAGCCGCAGAGCAUAGAUCACUAUGAGAGCACUGCAUGAGCUCUGCAGAAACCCCACACCUGCCAAGUAAUGUGAAGCUGUAUGUGUGUGUGUGUGUGUGUGUGUGUGCGCAGCGCCUCAGACUGCUUGAGUUAGGCAGCACAACUGCAGUAGUUGUAGUAGAUUGGUACUUAACUAACUUGUCUGUCAGAGUUAGAUGUGAACUUCAGAUGCUCAAAAUCUAUUGAUCUUUGCUUCUCAGCCCCUGAUGAGUUAUUUUCUUCAUAUGACAUUAAUAUAGGUGCAAAUAAGGUGCAGUUUCUUUGCAGCUGAUGAUGCAGUGACUGCCAGAAUCAUCAUAACAUGUCAAAAUGUGAAAUCUGUUUAUGUAAUAAACUGCAAUAUAAUGUAGUAGCACCUAUUAUUACAUAAACUUGUAUUUAUUGCCUAAUAACAUGUCCUGCUGAUGGUGUAUGUGUUAUUUGGCUUAUAGUUUAGAGUUAGCUUGUUUUGAAUCUUAAAUAUAGGUAAGCAGAAUAAUCACCUCAGCAGCUAUUAUGUCAGUACAGUAAGGAUGCAUUAUGAUCGGGAUCAUAUUAACACUAUAAAAAGACAUUUAACCACUUUGACAAGUUAUGACUUUUAUCUGAGGGUUCUUCAGUCAGCUUCAUGCAAGUAUUGCUGAAUCAGUAAUAUUUCAAGCCUAGUAAUCUGUUAAAUAGAUUAAAUGGGUCAUUUGAAGAUAAUGAGACCUUUGCAAAGUCUGUUCGGUUUGUGUUUUGUGUCAUGUCAUCAACAGAUUGACAGGUUGCCACCAUUUAUCCUGUAUUGUGUAGAGGGUCUUUCAGUUUCUCUGCACGAGGCCAUCAAUUAAUGUCAGAGACACUUCAUUUCACAGCAGCCUUAUUUCAGCGCUUGACAACUGUACAAUAACACUAAAAACAUUUUGAGUUGUCCCUAUACACAUAGAGAAAGAAAAAGAGAACUAAUAGACUACAUUCACUUUCAGGAUCAGUUGAUUUGUUAUAAAGCACAAAUAUGUUUUAACUUUAUAAGAGAAAGUGGGAUUCAGUGUUAUUGUCUAGCUACAAGUAAAGGAGUCAACACACCAAAUACUUAAGAGAAAAAAACUUAACCCCAUUUUUGAUGGUACACAUUCUUGAAAGUGUAGAAAAACAUAAUCUGGAGCUUCAACAGUAAAGGAUUUUUAAUAUAAUUUUCUGGAGUAUCUGGUGUUUCCUCCUUUGACUCACUCGAAAAAAAGGACUUACUGAAACAUCAAUUCCUAUUGUGAAGCCACAUCAACUGCAAAAAGUUAGCUAUACAUAAAGAAUGCUGAUCUUCCCCAUCAAAUUAUUAAUUUAAGUUCUGCUAUUUGAUGCAAAACAUUUGACCUUUAAGUACAACUCCAAAUACCUCAGAAUGCUUAAAGGCUCUUACAUGCUCGACAAGAAGCAAGAACUUUGUUGUUGAGACCACAAGAACAAAGUUCUUGCGGAGUAUGUAACAAGCUUUAGUGAUUUCAGGUUGUCUUAUUCAAGUAUUGUCUGGCACAAGUUUCUGAAUCUGAAGAGGCUAGUACUGGUAUGGGAUUUGACUGUGACAUUUCCUUAUAUUUGUACUGAACUGAUUUAAACAUUAAAAUUGUUAUG